UGGAGCGCUAAUGUAUGCACACUGUCUGAGAGCGGCUGCGAUCUGACUGGUCAAGAGGUUAAGUACCUGUGCAUACUUAAUGAGGCCACGUGGGGAGGGGUGCCCUCUUCAGUCGAUUGCAGUGUUUGUUGAUAGGGCCAAUCAGUUGUUUCCCAUAUAUGGGAAGUAUAUUGUUACUCAGAACUAAUACCGCGUGUUGAAUAUUAUACUGUGUGUGGCACCUUAACUGCGUGCUACAGUUUAACCAACUCCGCUAGUGUGGAAAUUGGCGAUACUUUUUUCUCUUUCACUCACUCGUUUCACUGCGAAAAUCGGAUUUUACUCGGAAAAAACAAAAGAUUUGAGAGGAAAGAAGACCACCACCACUAAAAAAAAAGUUUACAAAUUAUAUUUUUACCAAAAAAAAAAUUAUGUAAUAUAUAUAUAUACACACAUACACACAAACACAUCUACCUACUUACAUACAUAUACAUAUAUAUAUAUCGUGCUAGAUAUAUAUAUUAAUUUAUAUGGCUAUGUAUUUACAUCAUAUAAUAAUAGCUUUAUAGUCUGAAAAAAAAAAGGAAGUGUAAUUAAUUAUAUAUAUUUGUGUAUAUAUAUAUAUAUACAUACAUAUAUAUAUAUAAAUAUAUAUUUCCUUCCAGCGACGAUUACAACAUCAAUUAUUUUCAUAUUUUUCUUUCCUUUUUUCUUUAUUUUUUUUUCAACAACCUUAUAAAUCGUUUUUGUUUUUUUUUUAAUCCACACCAUAAAUUUUGGAAAUGCAUUUUACACAGACUUUUCAGUUCGUUUAUACAGCAAUCGCUGCUAUAUAUAUAAGAUAAAUAUAUAUGUAUGUAUCAUAUAUAUUUAUCUAAUAUUUAAGCACCUCUGGAGUUUACCUUUUAUUUCGUGCGUGUCCCGAUCUCUGUGCUUUUUAUUUAUUUUUUUUAAUUAUAUUUUUUACUUUUUUUUUCUUCUUAAAUUCGAAAGUUCCGGAUAUUUAAAAAAAAAAGAAGUUACACCUUUUUAUAUACAUAUAUAUUAAAGAAUUCAGCUGGAUAAAGAAAUUUUAAAAAGAAAAGGAUAUAUAUUUAUUCAAAGCUCAUAUAUAUAUAUUCAUAUAUAUAUAUAUAUAUAUAUAGCUCUCGAUAACAAGAAGCUCGUUAGGAUGGGCUGGCGUACCUUGGACGAGCUGUGAAACCGCGGGAGAGGAGAAGAAGGAGACUCGUUCGAACGAAGACCCAGAAGGAAUUUUAACUGGGCCGACAUAAAAAAAAAUCUUCUUUUAAAAUAAUCAUUUACGUAUUCCCACAAAAACGGAUUGUAUGUGGUAUAUUGACUAAAUAUUUACCAAUAUGUAUCCAAACCGGCAUCCAAAUCCACAUCAACCUGGGCAGCCGUUCAAGUUCACAGUUGCUGAAUCAUGUGACAGAAUCAAAGAGGAAUUCAGUUUUUUACAAGCACAGUAUCACAAUCUCAAGAUGGAAUGUGAAAAACUUGCACAGGAAAAAACAGAAAUGCAACGACAUUACGUCAUGUACUAUGAAAUGUCAUAUGGUUUGAAUGUUGAAAUGCAUAAACAGACAGAGAUUGCAAAGCGGUUGAAUGCAAUCUGUGCCCAAGUUAUUCCAUUCUUGUCACAGGAGCAUCAGCAACAGGUUGCAGCUGCUGUAGAACGAGCCAAACAGGUGACCAUGGCUGAACUGAAUGCAAUUAUAGGGCAACAAGUUCAGGCACAACAUCUCCCCCAUGCUCACCCACCAGCCAUUCCAAUACCACCUCAUCCUGCUAGUUUACAACCCCCUGGAAUCCCAGUAUCAAGUGGAUCAGGACUGUUGGCACUUUCAGGCACAUUUCCUGGCAACCCACAUUUAAGUGGAUCUUUAAAAGAAGAGAAGGGUGAGUUUUCAAAUAACAUUUUUUUCUCUCUUUUAAGAACUUUUUUUAAUGUGCUGUCUGGUUUUCAGUUUGGUGUGUUGUAUAGUCAACACUUGAUAAAUGCUUAUGUUUAUUUAUUUAUUUACUUGAUUUAUUUACUUGGAGCUAUUAGUCAUAUUAUUCAGGUUAUCAUAAUGCAACAGGAAGACGUUGAGCACUUAAACCUGAUGCACCUCACUCUGUACACAACCGACAGCUUUGUGAACACUGACUACUUGUUAGAAUCACUUUCCAAACCAUUCCCUUCUCUACCUUAUUUAUUCUUGUUAAUGUUGAUUGAGGUUGCUGUACCUGUUGCAUUUAAACACAGUUUCCUGGAAUUUCAAAUAAAAAUAUAUUUUAUUCAUAGACUCUAUCCUCAUACUUUCUUAUUGUUCCUUACUCCAUUUACUGAUAAAAAGCACACUCUGAACAAGAGGUGGUUUGGGAGCGGAGAUGGAGCUGUGUAUCCCAAGUUUUUACAUCAUGAUUCUCUGGGAAAACCCCUUCAUUUGGAAAUAUUCUUAAGCCACUCAAAAAAAGCUCAACACAAUCUCUACAAGCAUCAUUCAUUCUCUAUAUUGAGAGCAUCCGCAUCACCAGCUGAUCGUGACAAGUAUAGACAUCGAAGUAGGUCCCCUGAAGUAAAUGACAGCUCAAAAAAGCGAAGAGCAGAAGAGAAACCCAAUGAUAGUGAUGGCGAGAAGAGUGACCAAGAUCUCGUAGUUGAUGUAGCAGAAGACACAUCACCUGUAAAUGGAGAUUUAUCACCUAGAGAAAAAGUUAUGAAAGAUGCUCAUAAAAAAGACGACAGAAGUAGUCCACGAAGCGAUUCAUCAUCACAUGCAAGCACAGCUUCAUCUUCAAAACAUAAAGAGAAUGACAAAUCUGGAACACCUGUAUCAAAGUCAAUAACCCCUACCAGUUCCGGCAGUGUCACACCCGGCCCCUCCAGUGGGCUAAAACCUAUAGCAAAAGCACCUCCUUUAAAAUUUCCAUAUGUUUCAGGCGCGUACCCAUUCAUGCCACAUGCUAGUCACGCAAUUUCAGCUGAACUCAGUCCUGGAGCUUACAGUAAUAACAUGCUUCAUAAUAGUAUAUCAUCCAAUAGUUAUUCCAGAGGACCAAUGGGGGGAUUUGAUCCACAUGGCCACAUGAGAAUGCCAUCUUUUAGUGGAUUUCAAAGUGGGAAACCUGCUUACUCAUAUCAUGUGAAUGCUGAUGGUCAAAUGCAACCAGUUCCAUUUCCCCCAGAUGCAUUGAUAGGGCCAGGAAUCCCUAGACAUGCUCGACAAAUCAAUACCUUAAAUCAUGGAGAGGUUGUGUGUGCUGUGACUAUCAGCAACCCCACUAGGCAUGUGUAUACUGGAGGAAAGGGCUGUGUUAAAGUAUGGGAUAUCGGUCAGUCAGGAAACAAAAAUCCAAUAUCACAACUUGAUUGUUUGCAACGAGAUAAUUAUAUCAGGUCCAUCAAACUGCUGCAAGACGGUCGAACAUUGAUUGUAGGGGGAGAAGCAAGUACUUUGUCAAUAUGGGAUCUAGCAGCUCCAACGCCACGCAUCAAAGCUGAGUUAACAUCGAGUGCACCUGCAUGUUAUGCACUUGCAAUUAGUCCUGACUCUAAAGUUUGCUUUAGCUGUUGCAGUGAUGGAAACAUAGCUGUUUGGGAUUUGCAUAAUCAGACUUUAGUGAGGCAGUUUCAAGGACAUACAGAUGGGGCCAGUUGUAUUGAUAUUUCUCCUGAUGGCACAAAGCUUUGGACUGGUGGUCUGGAUAAUACGGUUAGAUCUUGGGAUCUCAGAGAAGGACGACAACUGCAGCAACACGAUUUUACAUCUCAGAUUUUCUCCCUUGGUUAUUGUCCAACUGGUGAAUGGCUUGCCGUUGGUAUGGAAAGUAGUAAUGUUGAAGUCUUGCAUCACACCAAAGCUGAUAAGUAUCAACUCCAUUUACACGAGAGUUGUGUAUUAUCACUCAAGUUUGCUUACUGUGGUAAAUGGUUUGUAAGCACUGGCAAAGAUAAUCUGCUGAAUGCUUGGAGAACACCUUUUGGUGCCAGCAUAUUCCAGGUAAGAUGGCUGUUUUGUUUAUGUCUGAUGAAAUAUGAGCUUUUGUUAAUAAGUAUUUAUAAAUUUUCUUUAUGUAUUUUACCAUCUUAGAAUCAGCAUAAACAAUAUGUGUCUUCAGUCCCCUUCACUGUAUACCUACCUCUGUAACUUGGGGACAUACUUCUCCCACACACUUACCAUCUCAUCAUCACCAUCCUUGCUCUUUCUCUCUCUCUCUCUCUCUCUCUCUCUCUCUGAGGUAACCAUGUUUCUCCUUUACUACAAGACACCUGUUUCCAUCCCUUAAUACUACUCUCCUUUCAUAUGAGGGAUCUUGUCUUGAGUUACUUAGUUGCCUCACUGCUACAGGUGUCAUGUAAAAAAGCACCCAGUACAUUCUGUAAAGUCUUUGACAUUAAGAAGGGUAUCCAGCAGUAGAAACCAUGGGUUUGACUGAAGACUGGCAAGCCAGAAGGCUGCACCAGGCUCCAAUCUGGUCUGGCAGAGUUUCUACGACUGGAUGCCCUUCCUAACGCCAACCACUCCGAGAAUGUAGUGGGUGCUUUUACAUGCCACCGGCACGAGUGCCAGUCACACGGUACUGGCAACGGCCAUGCUCAAAAAGGUGUUUUUUAUGGGAUCCAGUCCAGCGGCAAAU